AUGGCUCGUCUGUGGGAAGGAGUCCCUGCGAGCCCGUGCUCAGGAGCUAGCGACGAAAUUCACCUGCGAAACGGACAAUCUACGAUGCAUGACGACGAUUUGACUGACGUCGGAAGCGCAGCUUCUCCUCUAUCGGAAGACCUCGAUGCAAUGCACAAGCGCCCCCUUCCCGACUCCGGCCCGUCAGCUACUUCCCCUCCACCCUGCAAGCGCUCUCGUUCCACCAUCUCCGAUCCUCAUUCACCCUCUGCAUCGCCGUCGGUCGAGUUUGUUGAGGCGUGCACUUCAAAUUCGGGACCUGCCCCGGAAUUUGUUGCCCGCCUCAACAUUUCCGCCCAGGAUGAGCGCCGAAAACAGCUACUACUGCGACUACGCGAUAUUGACGCCAAGAAGGCUGCGCUCGCCAGGCAACCUUUGCCUCCCCACGAUGGUCAAGAUUCUGAUGUUGUUAUCGUGGAACAGAAGUCGAUACCUGCGAAAUCCCGGCCCACAAGGGGCCGAAAAUCUCGUCUGCCCGCGCGCAACAAGUCCACUCGGGGCAGAAAGCCGUCUACUCCUAUUGUCAUUGACGUCGACGCUCAGCCUUCAUUACCACCUCAAAAGGCUCGGGGGAAGGCAGCGGCACGCGCGAACAAGUCACCGGCUGGCAAGUCGGCUCCUUCCGCUCCCACCCGGACAUCUAGUCGAGUUCGGAGACCUCGUACACCCAACGCUGUCGCAUCGCCACCCACUUCCGAACUUCGCCGCCCUACACCUACGUGCAUGUCUAAAUGCAAGCGUUUCCAGUUUUGUAAGAAGCUUAUCACCUCGCUACUGCGGAACGCCCGCACUGGCCCAUUCUCUGCUCCAGUUCUUGAGCUGUGGCCGAAGGAAGCAAUUCCUAGAUAUUUUGAUGUUAUUUCACAUCCCAUGGACCUACGAACGGUCAAAAGAAAUUUAGAAACUUCAGUCUACAUCUCUCCUUGUCAUGAUGGUGUGCUUGCGUACCAGUUUGAGGCCGCCAUGUUCAUGGAUGAUGUACGCCUGGUAUUUAGAAACUGCAUGGUUUACAACCGAGCUGGAGAUAUGCUCUUCAACGCUGCCCGAGACCUUCUCGAGGAUUUUGAAAAGACAAUGGAUGAGCAAUUGCCUCCGAAGCCUUCCAUCAAGGAAGCAGCACAAACUUUAACCAGGAAACGUAGCACCGGCGGUAGGGCUCGUAAAGCCCGAGUUGUAUCCGUUGAUGAGAAGGAUGAGGAGCCUGGUCUUUCUGACUCUCCUACUGUCACUAAUUUAGCAUCUGCCACGGCGAAGACACCGAUGAAAAAGGAUUCAUGGUCUGCUUCAGUGUCGCGCUCUGACGAGUCGGAGCCUUCUGAUGUGCCGCCCGGUACCGUGGAAGAGAUGAGAGAAAGGCUUAGUUAUCUUCGCGAUUGUCGAACUGCCGUAUUGGCAAGAACUCCCGUUCCGAAAGGCUCCGGAUACCUCACACGGGCGGCAUUGUUGUACGGGGUUGACGUUUCUCACACUCAAAAGCAAAGGUGUGUUAGUGCCAUAGAAAAUCGUGUUCCAAUCGGAAAGAUGGAGGCACUGCUUGAUAUGGUUAAGGCUGCCGGGGGUGGUUACAUGGAUCCUGAAGACGAGCAGUUUGUUUUUGAGUUUGACAAACUAGAUAACCAAUCCUGGAGGAAUGUCGAAGCGUUUCUUGAGCAAUAUGUACCCGGCUUCAAGACAAUAAGGCAUUCAACCCUCGGUCGCGAGUUCACCGCUGUAGAGACUGUUGAUGAGGAAAUAGAGUCUCUGCAGGAGAGCCUCAAGCAGGCUACAGCCGAGCAAACCAGACGCCCACAACAAGCGGUAGUCGAUAAGCCACGAUCCUUUUUCGGAGGUGAUGAGAGCAGUUCUGAUGAGUCAGAUGACGAUUCUGACAGUAGUGACGAGAGUGAUUCCGACUCCGAUGCAGAAUAG